AUGCUGCUCAGGCUCACUCUGUCGCGCGGUGCCGCUGCUGCUGCUGUUGCUGCCGCGCCCCUCGCCGCCACCAUUACCACGACUUCUGCCACGUCUGUUUCUCAGCGCUGGUGCAGUGGCAUGACAAGCGACAAGUCCGGCGCAGCUGGCGCUGACCCGUUCACUUCCACAAUAGCAAAGACGUUGCGUGAGAAGGUGUUUUCACGGGACUUCGCUGCCGUGAAGGCUGCCACACCGAAGGAGUCGGAACUGCUGAAGAAGUGGCGCACUGGUGAUGGCACACCGGAGCAGUCCCCGCGCCAACCGGCGACGCCGGGCACGGCAGACUCAUCCGACGUGGAGCCGCAGAUUGCAGAGGGCGCUCGGAAUGUGGCUGUGUCGCACGGGAAGGCGUUCCGCGACUCCCGCCCUGUCGACCCCAAGGAGAGUGUAGAGUGCAAGCGCCGUCGGCUCAUCUACCAAUCGCGCUACCGUGGUAUGGUGGAGAUGGACCUCAUCUUUGGCCACUUUGCGCGCUGCAAGCUCGAGACCCUCGACGCGUCCAUGCUGGACGAAUACGACACGCUCCUGAAGCAGCUGGACAGCGAGCUGUUCCGCUGGCUCGUCAUGGGCGUGGAUGCGCCGGAGGGGAUGACGAAGCUGCGCUGCUUCGACGAGCUGCGUCGAUUCAUCAAGGAGGAGCGUACAGAGCUGCUGGGCUCCGACUGA